GGCUGCCGGAGCCAGCCGCGAGGUGCAGCGCGCACAUGGGGACGCACCGCAUCGUGCUCUCGGGCCCCGGGCCCUGGGGCUUCCGCCUGGUGGGCGGCCGCGACUUUGAGCAGCCCCUCGCCAUCUCCCGGGUGACUCCGGGCAGCAAAGCUGCCAUAGCCAACUUGUGUAUAGGAGACCAGAUCAUAGCCAUUGAUGGAGUGAACACAGAUAACAUGACGCACCUUGAGGCGCAAAACAAAAUCAAGGGGUGCACAGAUGAACUGACUCUGACAGUCAGCAGAACGGAGUCAAAAGUCUGGUCACCACUUGUAAGCGAGGAGGGAAAGACACAUCCUUAUAAGAUGAAUCUGGCCUCUGAGCCACAGGAAAUAAGGCACAUAGGAAGUGCACACAAUCGGAGUGCAGUGCCCUUCACUGCUGCCACAGCUUCUGCCCCCAGGGUGAUCACUGCUCAGUACAACAGCCCAGCAGGCCUCUACUCCUCAGAGAACAUCCAGACCUUCAACAGUGCGGUGGAGACAAAAACAUCACCUGGGGCCCUGGAGCCUACCAAGCCUUUAGAUCAGCAUAACCAGACCCCAGGCAACAUUGCCAUAGACAGACAAUCUGAGGUUUACAAGAUGCUGCAGGAGAAUCAAGAGUCAAAUGAGCCACCCAGACAGUCUGCUUCAUUUCUUGUGUUGCAAGAGAUCUUGGAGUCAGAGGAGAAAGGAGACCCUACCAAACCAUCUGGAUUUAGGAGUGUCAAAGCCCCUACCACAAAGGUGGCCUCAUCGAUUGGGAAUGCCCAGAAGCUGCCCAUGUGCGACAAGUGUGGAUCUGGCAUUGUAGGGAUGUUCGUGAAGAUCCGGGACAAGCAGCGUCACCCCGAGUGCUACGUGUGCAGCGACUGUGGCACCAAUCUCAAGCAGAAAGGACACUUCUUUGUGGAAGACCAAAUCUACUGCGAGAAGCAUGCGCGGGAACGGGUGAUUCCCCCGGAGGGCUAUGAGGUGGUCACUGUCUUCCCAAAGUAAACUGCUGCUCACAAAGCAAGUGUGGAUGAUUUAUCCUCUGCUGCUUUUCCUUGGAGAGCAUUUUCCCUACCCCCUGCAGAAUCUUGUUUGCAAUAAGGAAUGCUAGGCAUGGCUUUGAAUUUCCUUGUCAUUAUUAAUCCUCCAUCUGUUCACAUGAGAUGUCACUAAUUGUUCAACAUUCUUCUCAUCCUCUCUUUCACUUUUUUUUUAAUACACAGAUUUUUUUUUUCCUUCAUUGUGCUGUCAAUCACACAGGAAAAUCAGAGGCCAAAGUCAGAUUACAACUUUUCUGUGUUCUAGUUAUUUUGCCAUCUGUUUGCCUUCAAUAAAUGGGGUGAAUCCACAAGGCA